AUGAAAAGAAUCAAGGACACCUUAGAGAGUCCGGAGCUGUGGAGCCCAGGCCACAUGCUGAGCACCCCUCUGACCAGUGCAGCACCACCAUUUGCAUUUGGCCAGCAGAUGAUGGACAAAGCCCUGAACGUGAUCCUUAUUGUGGCCCUCUUUGUCAUCAUGGUAGCUCUGGGGUGUACGAUGGAGAUAGCCAAGAUCACUACUCACCUCAGGAAACCCAAAGCCGUGGCAAUUGCUGUAAUGGCUCAGUAUGGCAUCAUGCCCCUGACAGCAUUUGCACUGGGCAAGCUCUUCCAGCUGGGGGCUACAGAAUCCCUGGCCAUCCUGGUCUGCGGCUGCUGCCCAGGAGGGAACCUCUCCAACAUCUUUACUCUGGCACUGAGAGGGGACAUGAAUCUCAGCAUUGUAAUGACCACAUGCUCAACAGUCCUAGCAAUUGGACUAAUGCCUCUGCUUCUGUACCUCUACUCGGGAGGACUAUAUGAGGGUGAUUUGGAGGGCAAGGUGCCUUACAAAGGAAUAAUCACCUCCCUGGUCCUAAUGCUAAUCCCUUGUGCCAUUGGCAUCAUCUUGAAUGAGAAGAAACCACAGUACACUGGCUUUAUCAUCAAGGCAGGGAUGGUUGUCCUUCUGCUGUCAUCUGCUGCAUUAAUCGUUCUGUCUGUGGCCAAUGUGGGAAGUGGUAUUACGGUCAUCUUGUCACCAUCCCUCUUGGGAUCUUCUGCCUUGAUGCCUUUUAUUGGAUUCCUGCUAGGCUAUGCUCUCUCCUCAGUCUUCAAACUUAAUGACCGGUGCAGGCGGACAGUCUGUGUGGAAACUGGCUGCCAGAAUGUACAGCUCUGCUCAACUAUCCUCAAGGUUGCCUUUGCCCCAGAAACUAUUGGCCCCCUGUACUUCUUCCCACUGCUCUACUUGCUGUUCCAACUUGGAGAGGGACUUCUGCUGAUCCUCGUCUUCAGGAUCCAUGACAGAAUAAAGAAGCCAGACGAUGCAGCAAAAAUUAUCUGUACAGCUGUGGAUGCAGUUAGUGCUCAAGAAAUAAGAACAGAGUCAAGGCCCUGCAGAAAUAGUGGGCAGCCAGGGAAAAAAUAG